UGUCCAAUGAUUAUUGAUGUUAAUGUUAUAUUGUCUUGUUUUCUGCUGAAAAUAGGCUACAUUUUUCCAAUUCUGUGAUCCGGGCAGUUAAUUAUCCGGUUCUCCGCCUGCUGGAAAGAAAGAAUUCCACUUUUCAUUACACUGCAUGUUACACACAUUAUGUAACUUACUAUAAUUAAUCCCCAUAGUAAUAAAAACAAUAACAAUGUGUACUUCAAAGCACCUCCGCAAUGCAAUUACACCUGAAGUACAUAUUGUUCAUUAGUCACUAUAUUUAUCAAUGUAAAUAGACAGUAACAUGAACACUGUAAAGUAUGACCGACUUUCAAUUUUACAAUUGUGUGUUUAUAAAUAACUGCAGCGCAUAGUUACAUAGCGUCUUUUCAUCACCGCCUCUAAAUAAAACUUUAUAGUGGUGUGAACUCGUGGAUGAAUCAUUUGAAUGAAUCUUAAAUAAACGAAGCCUUCAUGGCUUCACGACGCAUCCUGCAGAAAAGUUCGCUGAAACAAUCAGUGAAAAUGAAUCUUUUUAGUGAACUAAUUCAAAAGAUUCGAGUCACUGGGAAGAAUCAAAAACCCCACCACUAUGUUUGAAUCACACGUCUCUCACAGCCCCCUAUGAUGAUUGACAUUAGAUCCCUCCAAUCAAACGACGGCAGUACCAAAAGGGGCGGGAUUCUUAGUUGUAUCGUAACAAGCUAGGCUGCAACCCCCCCCCCCCCCCAGUCUCAACUCCUCCAUACAAACAUACACGAGCGGCGCCUUGUUUUGGUCUGUUACGGCGUCGCAAAAAAAACAAAAAAAGAAAACUCAGCGAGUUUUGGAGGAACCUAUGCAGCGGUUCAAACGGACUUGGUACGUUUCCGUUGUAAAUAACGGUCAGAUGCAUACUUUGCGUCGGUGCUUUGUGUAAUUGCACUUUUGGGAUUUUUGCAGACAGCGCUUUGAUCUCCGGGGUAAAUGGGGUCGUGCGCUGCUGACUGCGCUUGUUUUGAUAAUGCAUUCGGAUCUCCGGACUGAAAAGGACACUGUUUUGUAAUUUUUACUGUUUUGUGUUUUUAUAUAUCGUAAACUUGGUGCUUUCCGGUACUUGCAAUAUUUUUGAGGAUGUCCGAUGGAUUAUUUAAAGUUAGUUGUAACAAUGUAAUGCUGCUGAAAAAAAAUCCAAGUGUACUACGGUAUCGAUGAACUGUUAUAAUUGAAGCUCUUGACGGAGCGCACAGAAGUGACCUGUUUAAGUGCUAUUUUUCUAUUUUUACUCAAUGGAACCAUUUUUGUCUCAACGCUCACAUUUGGCGAAGAGUACAUGCAUAAGGCUUUGACUUUCGAUCCUGCAGUUUUUCUAUAAUUUAUUUUUUAUACCAUGGCAAGCCCGACCACGGAGCAAGGAUGUUUUUCGGAUGUGAAGAAGGUGGGUUAUUUAAGGAAACCCAAAAGCAUGCACAAAAGGUUUUUUGUACUGAGGGCGGCGAGCGCCUCCGGACCGUCCCGACUGGAGUACUAUGAAAACGAGAAGAAGUGGAGACACAAGUCUGGAGCGCCGAAAAGGUCCAUUCCGCUGGAAAGCUGCUUUAACAUCAACAAAAGAGCAGAUUCUAAAAACAAACAUCUCGUCGCGCUUUACACCAAGGAUGAGUACUUUGCCAUCGCUGCUGACAGCGAGGUAGAGCAGGAGUCGUGGUACCAAGCCCUGGUUGAUCUUCAUAACAGAGGUAAGGUCCACGAAACUGCCGCGAGCCGCGGAGUUGGCGAGGAUAAUUACGGCGAAGCCACGCCGGGACCUGCCUUCAAAGAGGUUUGGCAGGUUAUUUUGAAACCAAAGGGUCUGGGUCACACAAAGAACUUGAUUGGUGUUUACAGAUUAUGCCUCACCAAUAAGACUAUCAGUUUUGUGAAACUCAAUUCUGAUGCGGCCGCUGUGGUCCUGCAGUUAAUGAACAUUAGAAGAUGUGGUCAUUCUGAAAAUUUCUUUUUCAUUGAAGUCGGAAGGUCUGCUGUGACCGGGCCCGGGGAGUUUUGGAUGCAAGUGGAUGACUCCGUUGUGGCUCAGAACAUGCAUGAAACUAUAUUAGAAGCCAUGAAAGCCAUGAGCGAGGAGUUUAGACCCCGCAGCAAAAGUCAAUCAUCUUCCAACUGCUCAAACCCCAUCUCAGUGCCUGUCAGGAGGCAUCAUCACAACAAUCCUCCCCCCAGUCAAGUUGGCUUAGGCAGGCGCUCUCGGGCAGAGAGUGUGACGGCCACUUCUCCUGUUAGACCGGGCAAACACAGCCAUUCGUUCAGAGUGAGAGCGUCCAGCGAUGGGGAAGGCACCAUGUCCAGGCCAGCGUCUGUGGAUGGGAGUCCAAGCAGUCCGAGCACAGCCCGACCUCAAUCGCAGCGACACAGGGCUGGAUCCUCCAGACUUCACCCGCCACUCAAUCACAGUAGAUCAAUCCCCACGCCAACCUCACGGUGCUCCCCCUCAGCCAUCAGCCCCGUCAGCCUGUCUUCCAGCAGCACCAGUGGCCACGGAUCCACAUCUGACUGCCUCUUUCCACGCCGCUCUAGUGCCUCCAUAUCUGGAUCGCCCAGUGAUGGCGGAUUCAUCUCCUCGGAUGAAUACGGAUCCAGCCCCUGUGACUUUCGGAGCUCCUUCCGUAGUGUGACUCCAGACUCGCUUGGCCACACGCCACCUGCCAGGGAGGAAGAGAUAAACAACUACAUCUGCAUGGCCAAGCCUGGUUCACUUCCUGGCGCCGGGAGCCAAUCGCGAAGCCAAUCCAGGGGAACGCCAUCGAGACUGGAGGAGCCCGAGCUGGAGAAAUGUUUCCGGAAGCGAACGCAUUCUUCUGGUGCAUCGCCGCCAACUCCGUGCCAUCAAAAAACUCCCUCGCAAUCGUCCGCUACUUCGCUGGAGGAGUAUACUGUAAUGAUGCCCACAUACCCACGAAGCCGCUCUGCAUCGUCAUCAUCGUCAACAUACAGGCACUCCUUCAUGCCAACACAUUCAUACCCAGAGGAAGGGAUAGACGCUUCACAAGCUAAAGACCACAGUAGGCCAGACCACAAAGAUGACGGCUACAUGCCCAUGCUGCCAGGUGUUGCGCCUGCGACCCCAACGGCGAAAAGUGGUGACUACAUGCCCAUGAGUCCAAAAAGUGUGUCUGCACCACAGCAAAUUAUCAACCCCCGGCAACACUCGCAUGUUGACUCCAAUGGUUACAUGAUGAUGUCACCAAGUGGCAGCUGCUCUCCAGAUGGCACAACGAACUAUGGCAAGAUCUGGACUAAUGGUGUCAACCCUAAGCUCUCCGUAGAGAGCAUUGAAGGUAAAGUGUCAUCUUGCGGAGACUACAUAAACAUGUCCCCGGCUAGUUGUUCAACGACCAGCACGCCUCCAGACUGCUUUUUCAACCCUGUAGAAGAUCCUCCCAGGCCGAUGUAUGCUUACUUCUCCUUGCCCCGCUCCUUCAAACAUGCCAACAGGAAGCAGGACCAGAGCCCUCUUCGGAUAUCACUGGGCUCGAGUCGAUUGGCGUACGCCGACUCUUCCUCGUCUUCAGCGAGCAGCGACAGCUUGGGUGGUCAAGGCAACUCGCAGCACUCUGCUGUCAAACCCAAAAGGUCCGAGGGCAACGGGAGGCUGACACGUCCAACACGGCUGUCACUGGACGCUAGCAAAGCAAGUACUCUUCCACGAACACGUGAGAGUCCCUUCCCCACAGAGCCCAAAAGUCCUGGCGAAUAUGUCAACAUUGAAUUCAACGACAAGUCGUUUUCGGCAAGCUUGGCAUCACUGUUCCCACCUGUGUUUUCCGGAAGUGAUGCUGAGGCCCCAUCAGACAUUUCAUCAUCUGAGUACAUGAACAUGCAGCUGGGCUCGCAGGCUGGGCGUUUGUGCCCAGAAAUGCAAAUUUCCACUUCCUGUUCAGACUAUGCCAUAAUCACUCCAUCAAACUCUGUAUCCUCCCCUCAACUGCCCUGUGAGAGCAUAUGUGACCGUGACUACAUCAGCAUGCAGUUAGCAUCCUGCACUAGCUUUCCAGAUGCUCAAAUGAUGCUGAUGACUGAGGCCUUGCCAGAUGCAGAUGAUGCCCCUCCUUGUGCUGUUUCACCAAAUCACGAUGUGACGGCAUUAAGCGGUGCUCCAGGAAGAGGUCUUAGUGCAUUCACACGGGUAAACUCCACUUCUGGGCGGAACCAAGGGGCUAAAGUAAUCCGGGCUGACCCACAGGGUCGACGACGACACAGUUCAGAAACUUUUGCUUCCACAACGACCAGAGGGUCAGUUGACACGUCGGCCACCUGUCAGUCAGGUGAAGUGAAGCGCCACAGCUCCGCCUCUUUCGAGAAUGUGUGGUUAAGACCCGGUGAGGCCUCUGCUGCUUCUCCCGCUCCACCUGCAUCUACAGUAACCAACGGCCGAAGGGAAAACACUUCAGGCCCAAUUCCCACAUUAACAAACCAUGACCAGAACGGCCUGAAUUACAUAGAUCUGGAUCUGGUGCAGAAUGGAGAGCAGCAUGUUCCAGACUGGAAUGCGUUCCAAUCUCGACCAGUGGAGCUGGGAGCCGUCGAAGGUAUAGAAGAGCUCAGUGCCUACGCCAGUAUAAACUUCAAGAAAUCAGAUGAGACCAGAGGGAAUCUCACAAGCAGAGAAGAGCCGCUUGUUAAAGUAGACACAGGCAGAGAUAUGGAGGGAUGGAGAGGAAGUAAAGAGAGAGAAUGAAGAGUAGAAAGCCGCCGUUUCUUCAGCAUCAAGACUCAAAAUCUCUCCCUGUUCACCACAAGCCGGACCUCAGAAAACUGGACCUCAAUAAACUCACUAACCUCAUUUUCCAGAGCCACAUUAUCACCCGGACGCUACCAAAACCAUAUGGACAAAACAGACCUCAUAACAUCACAUAUCCGGACCUCACAAAUGCUGGAUUCCACUAACCGUAAAUCUCUCACAACUGGACUUUCACUGUGCGUACCUCUUCAGACAUUACCAGGCGUUACUAUCCAACUGUUACAGGCUCGGUACAAAUCGAUUUCUACCAUCAAAUGUGGUAAAACAGCACCUUUUGAGGUAAAAGGCAAUGGUACUGCAGUAGUAGUUGUAGUUUCUCAAGCAAUGUUACAUUAAUGAUAUUUAUGCAAAUGAUGGUACCUAACUAGUACCGAACGUACGACAAAUUGUUUGGUACAGGGAUGCUUUACGAAGCAGCCAAAUUGUGUUGGGUUUGUACGACAGUCCCCAACAGUGUUGAUUGUACCCAUUUCCUUCAGUACUGCCAGAUAUUUCCAUUACAUAUGGGAUUACACAUUGUUAUACAGAUCUCAAUUAGACACUUUUAUACACCCAGUACGGACAACCUCAAACACCCCGACCUCACCUCAGGAUUUUACGAAAGAGUUUACACACACACUGUGUUUCAGCACUGUGAGCCAUGACUGACCUCAUGCUGCCAAACACACACUGUGAUGUCUGUCAAACCCGUGUUUCAUUUCAUACUUGGUCACAUUACAGCCCGUGCAAUUGUAAUAAUAAGCAUGAAUCUCUUGGAGUUUAUAUUGGCCUCCAAACAGAACUACACCCCCAUUUUUUUAAAUAAUUUUCUUUCUUUUUUAAUUUUUUUUUAUUAUUGUUAGCAUGAAAAUCAAGAAACAAUUUUUUUAUAAUUAGCGUAUAUCUCAUAUAGAGUAUAUAUGGCUUCCAAACAGAACUAUUGUGGUACUAUACCUUUUUUUUUUUUUUUUUUUUUACUUCCUAGUUUUAUUUUUUUUAUCACAUUUUUAAAACCUUUUUUUAUUUAAAAAUAAUUUUGGUACUAAGUUUUUUUUUUGUUUGUUUGUUUGUUUUUUUCUUUCCAAUGAUAUAUGCACAACCGUAAAUCAAAUUUUACAUUAUUACCUGAUUACCUGAUGAACAAUACAGUUGAGAUUUUGUGAAUGAUGGGUGGACUUUUUUUUUUAUUAUUAUUGUGACAGAUGAAUAGAGGCCUUACAGCCCUGGUUGGGCGCUCAAUAAAGAGCUUAUUCAAGCAAUCACAUUCAUGGGUGUGUAAAUCCCAUGACUGAACUAACGUUUCUGAUCAGAUUGUAUCACCAGUAGAUGGUCAAACUGAACAAAAAAACGUGCACAAGAAUGUGCCGUAACAGCUCAGUAUGAUAUGUCAAAACCUUGUAUUGCAAGCCGAUUUUACAGGCAGCAGUACUGUUUUUUUUUUUUGUUUUUGUUUUUUUUUGUUUUUUUUCAUUUCGAGCAUCCUGCUGUUAAGCCUUGGAAGCCAGUCAAAGUUGCUCGCAACUUUUUUUUUUAGGCUGUUUUAUUUCAUUACAGUUGUAUCUUUUAUUUCAUAUGGUUUAUUUUUGCUUAAAAUAACUAUUGCUGGGGCGAUGGUAAGCUCACAGCAACAGGUUUAAAAAGAAAAAAAAAACUCAAUGUCUCAUGUUUGCUGCUGAAAUGAAACAAACAAUGAACAAUCUGUAAAUUAUUGAAUAUAUAGAAAUGUUCUUGGUUCUCUUUUAAGAGUUAAAGUAUUUAACAUUUCAUGGUUGGUGUUUCAUUAUAAUUUUUUUUUUCUUUAGAUUCUCGACGCAUUUUUAAAAUGUGUCCACUGUUCUUAAGUUCAAUUUUUUUUUGUGGGGAAUAUAUGCUUAAAAUGUGUAAUCCAACCUUUUCGAGAGAAUGGUACGGUUCUAUAGAGUUUCCUUAAUUUUUUAAAAGAUGCUUACUAAUGUAACAUGCACAUCAGGGACUUCCCUUUUACCCCCACCAACUCCGGAUGGAAUCGCUUUUGGAAACCUGUUACACUUGCGUUUCCCUGAGCUCUAAUUGGCUGUGACAGUGGUGUUCCUGAAACCUGAUAGGCCGUUCUAAAGGUUGCCUGUCAUUCGAUAGGUUGCAGUUGUCGAUUUAGCACCCUGCGGUUGUGUUAUGAUACAGGGUGUGGGGCAUCACUCUUCCCACCAUUAUGUGGCCAAACCUUCAACAUCUCAACCAAACUUUUUCUCCUUUGUAAAUAAUGUAUUGUAUAAAUGAAAACCGAUGAGUGUUGGAUAUUGGACUGACCAGGGAUGUUUGGUUUUAUGGAUGCUCAAAGCAAGCAAAUGAUAGGUCCUUUUGAAUGAAUGAAUGAAUUGAAACAUGUAAACAAUAUGAGUGUAUGUACAGAUGAAUGGAUGUAUGCACAUGUAAACAAAUAUUUUUGUUUUCAAUGAAUGAAAAUGACCAGCAGUAAGGAGAGGGCUGUGUAAAUCCCUCCCCACCCCCCUGUUUAGAAGAAUGGUAUCUUCUGGAACCUUGACGUGUAAUAAAGUAGAAGUGCUUAUCUUU